AGAGAGAGAGAGAGAGAGAGAGACAGACGGAGAGAGAUAGAGAGACAGAGGGAGAGCGCUUGAUGGAGUGCGUUGUGUACUGUUUAUUUUCAGUAUAAAUCACAGCAGUGAUGAAGGCGGAGGAGACAGAGCCCGAGUCCAAAUUCGGAGACUCGAGGAAGUACGACCCGAAUUUUAAAGGCCCGAUACAGAACAGGAGCUGCACUGAUGUCUUGUGUUGUGUUCUCUUCAUCCUGGCACUGAUGGGGUACUUUGUAGUGGCAAUUCUGGCCUGGUCUCAGGGAGAUCCGAGGAAGGUGAUUUACCCCACAGACAGCAAGGGGCAGUUCUGUGGGCAGCAGGGCACAUCACUGGAGAAAAAGCCUCUGCUCUUUUACUUCAACAUUCUGAAGUGCGCGAGUCCACUAGUGCUGCUGGAGUUCCAAUGCCCUACCACACAGAUCUGUGUAGAGAAGUGUCCGGAUCGUUUCCUAACCCUAGUGAAGGCGAAGCGGAAUGAUCAGGACCUGCAGUAUUACUCACAGUUCUGUAAGGAGGACGUCGACUUCACACUGACCACUCCUGAGCUCCUGCGGGACAGGGCGUGUCCAGCUAUGAUCUUCCCCAGCAAGCCUUUUACGCGCCGAUGCCUCCCGGCUCUGGAGACAAGAAAGGGUGGAGUUGUUGUUAUCGGCAACGAGACGUCUUUCUCAGAUGGAAACACCAUGAAUGUAAACGCCACUGACCUGCUAGAGGCAUCAAAGAAGUCGAACAUCGUGUUGGAGGCGCGGCAGGUGUUCAUGAGGAUCUUUGAGGAUUACACACAGUCCUGGCACUGGAUCCUGCUUGGGUUGCUCGUAGCGAUGGUGCUCAGUCUGCUGUUCAUUUUGUUGUUGCGGUUGUUAGCGGGGGUGAUGGUGUGGGUGAUGAUCAUCAUGGUGCUGCUCGUUAUUGCAUACGGUAUAGUUCACUGUUAUAUGCAGUACGUGCAGUUCCGAGGACAGCCCGGUGCAGACGUGUCUAUCACAGACCUGGGCCUGCAGACGGACUUCUCUGUGUAUCUGCAGCUGCAGCAGACGUGGCUCGCCUUCAUGAUCAUCCUGUGUAUUGUGGAGGUCAUCAUCAUCCUCCUGCUCAUCUUCCUCAGGAAACGUCUCCAGAUCGCCAUCGCUCUGAUUAAAGAGGCCAGCAGGGCCGUGGGUCACGUGAUGUCAUCACUGUUCUAUCCCCUGCUGACCUUUGCCCUUUUGGCUCUGGUGAUUGCGUACUGGGCCAUCACUGCUGUUUUUCUGUCGACGUCCAGCGCCGCGGUGUAUAAAGUGUUCAACAGCAGCGAGUGUGAGUUCAGCAGGCAGACGUGUGACCCUGAGACAUUUAACAGCUCGAAUAUCUCCUCGCUGUGUCCCGACGCCGAGUGUAUGUUUGCGUUUUACGGCGGUGAGACGUUCUAUCACAGGUACCUGAUUCUGUUCCAGUUCUACAACCUCUUCCUGUUCUUCUGGUGUGUGAACUUCGUGGUGGCCUUGGGUCAUGUGACCCUGGCCGGAGCGUUCGCCUCCUACUAUUGGGCCUUCAAGAAACCCGAAGAUAUCCCAGCAUUCCCCAUCUUCAGCUCUCUCGGCCGCGCCCUCAGGUAUCACACAGGUUCUCUGGCGUUUGGUUCUCUCAUUCUGGCGAUCGUUCAGGUGAUCAGAGUCACGCUGGAGUACCUCGACCACAAACUGAAAGGAGCUGAGAACAGAUUUGCGAAGUUCCUGCUCAGCUGCCUGAAGUGUUGCUUCUGGUGUUUGGAGAAGUGCAUCAGAUUCAUCAACAGAAACGCCUACAUCAUGGUGGCGAUUUACGGCAAAAACUUCUGCACAUCUGCUAAAGACGCCUUCUUCCUCCUCAUGAGGAACAUCAUCAGGGUGGCCGUUUUGGACAAAGUGACUGACUUCCUGUUGUUUCUGGGGAAACUGUUGAUUGUUGGGAUUGUAGGAAUUGGCUCCUUCUUCUUCUUCUCUGGGAGGAUAAAAGCUGUGGAGGAAGCAGCACCUUCAUUAAACUACUACUGGGUUCCUAUACUGACGGUGGUGUUUGGGACGUAUGUGAUCGCUCACGGUUUCUUCAGUGUGUAUGCGAUGUGUGUGGAUACACUGUUCCUCUGCUUCUGUGAGGAUCUGGAGAGGAACGAUGGCUCCCCUGAGCGGCCGUACCUCAUGUCCCCAGAGCUGCAUGACAUUUUAUCAAUUAGCAAAGCGACAGAGGAGGAAGAAAGGAAAGAAAGAGAAGAAGAAGUGACACUUCAGGAAAACGGAGAAGUGCAGCUCAGACAGCAAGAGAGUCUCAGGCAGGAAGACGAGGAAGACGCACCUCUAAUGCAGGAGACAGAGUUAAAGCAGGAAGUAACGCUAACACAGGAAGUGCCACUAGCACAGGAAGUGCCACUAACACAGGAAGUGCCACUAGCACGGGAAGUGCCACUAACACAGGAAGUAACACUAACACAGGAAGUGCCGCUAAAGCAGGAGACUCCGGGGCUGCAGGAGGCGACGCAGAAGCAAGAAGCAGAGCUAACACAGGACGCUGUGAGAGUAAAGGAGGAAAAAGAAGAAGAACAGGAAGUAGCAUUAGCGAUGACGAGCCCUCAAACCACAGUGCAGCAGAACGGAAUACACGAGGACGACGCGCAAGAGACGGAGGAGUCACGAGAAGAAGAGGAGAAAGAAGAACAGCAGGAACCUGAAGAAGCGAAGCCUCAGGAGAACGGUCCUCAGGAGAGUGAGACUCCGCUAACGCCUCAGAACGAGUGACGUGACGUGGCGAGAAGCACGGACGUGUGCUGAUGUUAAAUAUUUAAAUUAAAUUAGCACGUUCCCGUGUUGUAAAUAAACUCCGGCGCGUCUCAUUCCGGAUCCGGCUUCAUCACACUAACUAACCUGGCUAGCUAAGCUAAGCUAACUCAUGACUAACUGAUGCUAACUAACACUAGUGAGGGAGUUCGACUAAAAAAGAAACUAAACAAAAAAAAAUCCCUAAAACCAGCACUAAUCACGCGGCCGUGAGCCAAAACAACGUCACGACCCUAAACACAACAAAGAGGCGUGUCGCAUGUGGACCAAUCACAGGUGGGGGGCGGAGUCAGAUACACAGUUCCAUGAAUUUCUUGCUUCUUCUAGCUUUGAGACGUGCGAGUGGUUUGAAAUGUUUCGUCGUCGUCGUUGUUGUUGUUAGAGUCAGGAGGUUUGAGAGUGAGUUGUAUCCAUGGUAACAACUGUCAAUCUGUCAAUCAAUGAGCGCUGGUGUAAUUGUUAUUCCGAGUGUUAAAAAAAAAAAAAAAAGGAAAAAGUUCGCUACAAUCGUGUUCCUCAGUCACAGAGACCAUUGAGUCGGCCAUGUUUCUCACACUGAAUGGAAUUCUGGGAUUGCUGUUUCCAUGGAAACACUCUCUGCCCACUUCUGAAUGAAAUAUGAUGAUAAUAUUUCCUGUUAAAUAUUUCGGUGUAUCGUAGACAUGAUAAUCAGUGUGUGUGUGUUGUUCAGGAAUGCACUAGCGGUUUAGCGUUGCUAUGUUUACACGGAUCAGAACAAAUGCUUGUGAAACGAUUUUGAAAUGAAAUGAAAAUAAUCUCCAAAUCUGUAAACGUUUACUUUGUGGAGCUCGAGUUCGUCCUCCUGACGUCAUAAAUACAGAUAAAUAUGUAAAUAUUAUGAAUCAUGACACGUUAAAUAUCGGGCUAACGGUUUGCUAAAGCUAGCUAGCUUGAAUUAGCAUUCUGUUAAACAAGCUAAAGAGAAAAUCGCAAGCUAGCGAAUAGCAAGCAAGAUGAUAGCUAGCUCAGUAGCUACUGUCAUGCUAGUUAUUAAACAACCCUAACCUACAGGAUGUCAGGAGACUCAGCCACGCCCACUACCACGCCCACCACCGUGGCCACGCCCACUAUGGUGAAUGUGAUUGUUCUGCCUUCGCUCUUUUUCUACCUCUUUCUCAUUUUUCUAUCUUUGUAUGUUGUUUAUUGUGACUUCAGUGAAUAAACUGUCGCCUGCUUUAACUCUU